UUGCUGAUUAUCAGCCUGCAGGAAGGGUGUGGAACGGUGUGUGGUGUUGUUUGCAGCAGGAUGGUCGACCAUGUUGCUUGCUUGUUAGAGUACAAGUUAAUGUAUGCGUAUGAAAAUCGGAUUGCUACCUUCAGAAACUGGCCAUUCACUGAGAACUGCUGCUGUACACCAGAGAAUAUGGCCAAGGCUGGAUUUGUACAUUGUCCGACUGAGAAUGAACCAGAUGUCGCCAAGUGUUUCUUUUGUCUGAAGGAGUUGGACAGCUGGCAGCCAGAAUAUGAGCCUUGGGUGGAACAUCAACUACACUCCCCAGCUUGUGAAUUCCUUGCAUUGAAAGUGGAUGUGUUGGAUCUGAUGGUGGAAGAGUUCUUCCGACUGGAGAUGGAGCGUCUGAGGUUGUAUGUGAAGAAGAUUGCCUCUGAGCAAGUCAGCGUUUAUCGAGAAUCAGUGAAAGCAGCAAGAGUGAAAGUUCUGGAAAGCCUGACUGGAGCUGGAGUCUGACUUCAUCUGUGACGGGGCUGGGGAAAUGGAGCUCCAAAGCAAACGUUAAUAUUGAUAAUAAAGUUGUGU